AUGCAGUGCACGGACAGGCUGAGCUCCUCGACUGUUAACCACGUAAUAAUAGAGUUCGUGAUGUACUGCGGGAGAGCGGUGUUCAUCUGCUACCCUGUGUAUCUGUUAGGCUAUCUGGGCAUCAACAUCAGCUGGGUAUUGCUGUGCGUGUUUAUGCUCACCUACUGGAAGAAAAAUCGCCAAUGGAAAGUCGCCCGGAUCACAUCAGCCAUCGACUUAGUGGACAAUGAAAAACGCGCGAUCAAAACCGAGCUGAGAAGUGCCUUACCGAUGGCAUCCUGGGUGCAAUUCUCUGAUGUAGAGAAGGUUCACUGGCUUAACAAGGUGUUGAAGCAGGCGUGGCCUUUUUUUGGGACGUACAUGGAGAAGCUACUUAGAGAAAACAUCCAGCAGUCCAUCAGGUUCUCCAGUCCUUCACUGAAAACUUUUACUUUUACCAAAAUCCACUUUGGGCGCAUUCCUCUCAAGAUCACUGGAAUAAGAGCAUACACACAUGAAGUGGAACAUAGGGAAGUGAUUCUGGACAUGAACAUAAGUUAUGACGGUGAUGUGGACAUUCGUGCUGACAUGAACUCAGCAAUGACAGCUGGUGUGAAAGGCGUUAAACUCCAGGGGAUGAUGAGAGUUAUUUUAGAGCCUCUUAUUGGUCAAACACCGCUGGUGGGAGGAGUCACUUUUUUCUUCAUUCGCCGCCCUACAUUAAAAAUAAACUGGACUGGCAUGACAAACCUUUUGAGCAGCCCCGCCUUUAGUUCACUGUCAGAGGAGACCAUCAUGAACAUCAUUGCUUCUUUUAUAGUGUUGCCCAACCGCAUGUGUAUUCCCCUCAUAGACCAGGUCAAAAUGGACCAAAUGAGGUUUCCACUUCCUCGUGGGGUGGUGAGGGUCCACUUGCUGGAAGCCAGGGACCUGCUGGCUAUGGACACAUACGUGAUGGGUUUAGUGAAAGGCAAAUCAGACCCCUAUGCCACACUCAGAGUGGGCAACAUACACUUCAAAAGCAAGACUGUGAAAAAGAAUCUACAUCCAAGAUGGAAUGAAGUGUAUGAGUUUGUUGUCCACGAGGCUCCUGGCCAAGAGCUAGAAGUGGAGCUGUAUGAUGAAGAUGUAGAUAAAGAUGAUUUCCUUGGAAGCUAUAAGCUCGAUUUGGGAGAAGUGAAGAGAGAGAAACAAAUGGAUCAGGUGAGAUCUUUUACCCUGAAGAGCUGA